UGAACGCCUUCUGGGUGACGGUGCAACGGACCGAGGCCGCGGAGCGAUGCGAGCUGCGCGGCACCUACGUGCUCAAGGCUGAGCGUGACAGCCUCGUCCUGUAGGACCCACGGACAAAUGAGAUCCUCUAUGUGAUGUUCUCCUUCGAAGCUGGCAGGCGCUGCGACUCUGGCCCAGGGAACUUCACCUUUGAGACCAAGCAGGGCAACGAGAUCUUCCGCCUGGUGGAAGCCUCCAUUCGGGAGCAGAAAGCGCAGGUGGAGGAGAACCGGCAAAGCUGUGACUCGCUGGAUUCGGACAGCCCCAGCGUGGUGCUGAUCCGCCAGGCCCUGGCCGACUCCCUGAGCCUGGAGCUGCCCGCAGAGGGGGGGGCAUCCAAAGCAGGGCUGGCGCCCAGGCCCAGUGCGGCAUCAGAGGAGAGAGAUGCCGCAUCUCUGCUGAAGACUCGGACACUGCCAGAGCUCCCUGUGCCACAGGCCAAGCCCACGGUCCCCAGCACACCCCCGCGCUCCCCUCUGCCAAAGGUGCCCCGCGCCGUGCUGCUGGCCGAGGACCUGUCCAGCGUGUACUCGGAGCCCCUGGACUCGGUGAAGGGCUUUCGGCCCUGGCUGGACCCUCUGUACUCGGACCCCAUAGACAGCAAGCCC